AUGAGGCAAUGGGCAACGGGCGGCCAACCGUGGUUGAAUUCUACGCUGAUUGGUGUCAGGUCUGUCGCGAGACUGCCCGGGACACACUCAAGGUCGAACAGCAAUUCAGUCAAGGUCGAGCAGCAGUUCAGAAACGAUGUCAAUUUCGUGUUCCUCAACAUAGACAACGUGAAGUGGGCGGCAGAGCUGGACGAGUUUGGGGUGGACGGCAUCCCCCACUACACCUUCCUGGACGGCGAGGGCAACGAGAUGGCGUACGUGGUGGGAAAGGUUCCCAGGAGAAUUCUCCUAGAUAAUGUGUCUGCACUUGCUCAAGGCAGGCCGGAGCUUCCGUUUUCGCAAUUUAUUUCGGAAGCGUCAGAUGCUGCUUUGAGGCAGGCUCCCAGGGUUGUGGAUCCGAGAGACCAUGGGCCGUAA